AUGGAAGCUUCUGGUCUUUUCCUUCCCCAGGUGCCUGCAGGGAGCCUGCAGCUCACUCUCUACCAGUAUAAAACGUGUCCUUUCUGCAGCAAAGUCCGAGCUUUUCUUGAUUACCAUGGACUGCCCUAUGAAAUUGUGGAAGUGAACCCGAUAAUGAGGAAAGAGAUCAAAUUCUCUUCCUACAGGAAGGUGCCUAUCCUGCUAGCCAAUGCUGGAAGCCCUCUGCAAUUGAAUGACUCUUCGGUGAUCAUCAGUGCAAUAAAGACCUAUCUCAUUUCCAAGAGGAAUAGUUUAGAAGAGAUUGUGUCCUUUUAUCCUCCUAUGAAAACUGUGACUGAGCAAGGCAAGGAGGUAUUUGAGUAUGGGAAUAAAUACUGGCUCAUGCUGGAUGAGAAGGAGACAAAACGAGUCUAUCCUGUCAAAGAAGUGAGAGUGGAAGAAAUGAAGUGGAGAAAAUGGGCAGAUGAUUGGCUUGUUCACCUCAUCUCCCCCAAUGUUUACCGUACCCCCAGAGAAGCCUUGGCAUCUUUUGACUACAUUGUCCGUGAGGGGAAGUUUGGCACCGUGGAAGGUUUCUUUGCCAAGUACAUGGGGGCUGUUGCCAUGUUCUUCAUUAGCAAGAGGCUGAAGAAAAGACAUCACCUUCGAGAUAAUGUCCGAGAAGACUUGUAUGAAGCAGUUAAUGAGUGGGUAAAAGCUGUUGGCAAACAUCGACUGUUCAUGGGUGGAAACCAGCCGAAUCUUGCUGACUUGGCAGUGUACGGGGUCCUCCGAGUCAUGGAAGGGCUGGAAGCCUUUGACGACAUGAUGGUUCACACUAAGAUUCAGCCUUGGUACCAGCGUAUGGAAGAAGUCAUUCAAAAAGCUGAAGCUGCAGUCUGAUGCCAGCUGCAGCUGCCUUCCUGAAGUACUUGCAUGGUAAAAAAAAAACAACAACAAACUUCAGAAGGAAUGGCAUUUAUUUUUUAAAAGUUGAAUGGACUGGUC